CGCAUAGAAUAGACUACAAGUAACCGAUAGCCUGGCACCAACAAACACCUACCUAUCUAAUGUUCUUCGGUGUCGAAAGCUUAAAUAACUAGUAAUAAGAACACAAUCCUACUUUACAGCUCGAAAAGGAUUCAUAAAUACUAGUCAAAGUACGGUGCUCAAUUGAACUUUUCAUUGUUUCACUAUGCGGGCGGAUUCAUGUGAAUCGAAAUUAUUGCGACUGCAUUCAUGACUGGUAGAUUAGAUCUCCUUCGAAGAGGAGGAGUUUCCAAUCGCCAAUAGAACGAAAUGUCAGCUCUUCAAAGUAAUAUUCGUGUUUUUAUACAGUGGAAGGAACAAACUGUAUUCGCUGGCGAAGAUAUAGAGUGUCAAAUUACUUUCAAAAAUGUCGCGACGACUCCACCAUCAUCAAAAUCAUCAUUACAUUCAUCCGGAUCCAAUGCGUUCUUGCAAUCACCCGAAAGGCACAGAAGACCUCCAUCGCAGAUUAAGAAUUCCUCCUUGAGUCCACGAUCUGGUAUUCCCAACAGAGGUGACCACCGACCAUCUCUUUCCUUGACGGUACCACCCGAAUCAGUACAUUCAAAACAAUCGGAACAAUGGGGUCGUGGAAUAUCAAGGCAUGGAAGAGGAGGAGAAGGGCACAAACGGUCACUGUCUAUCAUAUCAAUGGGAGCUAGUGAAAGUGCUGCCGAUGAAGCUGCCAGUCACGGAAGCUUAGCUGAGAGGUCUGAUAGAGGUGAAAGAGGUCAUGGCCGGUCUGCAAGCUUGCAAAUCGUUCCGCGAAGGAAUGGACUUAAUGGAGGACCUAUGACAGGUAAAUACUUUUGAAAUUCAAGGAAAGAAAUAGUCAUUGAUGUCUUUAGCACCACUUAACCCCCGAAUACCACCGCAUUCUUCUCCGAUGAUGGGCUCCUCUUUCCCACCGAAUUCUCCCGUACCGAAUACCCAGCGACGACAUACAGGUACAAGUACUGUACCAGGUACAACAGGACUUGGAGCACAUGUUGCAAGACGUAAAGAAUCUAUUCCACUUGCUCCGGCUUUUAAAUUUCCAGCAAGUACCUCUUCGCCGACGCAUAGCCGACGAAACUCACAUGUUGAAGAUGAUAGCGCAAGCUACAAAUCUCAUGAUAAUAAUCAAUUACUCUCGCCAAGGUCGAGAGACACUGCUCUUGGUAUACCGGACCAGAUAACCCCAGCACCUAUAGCAAGAAUACUCUCACCCUCUAGUAUGGGUGGAACACCACGAAGUAGCGGGGAAUUCUACACUCUAAGCAACAACUCAACGGAAACUCUCGUCUCAGAAUACUUGCCACAACCAUCAAAUCGAAUGCCCCCGUACAGUGGGCACCAUAUAAAACGAUCUUCGAACCUAGCUCCAAGUAGCAAUCACAAGGCACCAGAAACUUUGAUGAUGGGUUACGCUCAAAUACAUGGAUCAUUUAUGUUGGAUCCAGCCUUAAUUAGUCAGGCACCAUUUGAAGAAGUGAAACGAAAGGGUGCAGUCGGUGGGCAAGGUGGUGGUGUGAUUGGAGUCGAAACCAAUAAGAGGGACAGUGGCCUCUUGCGAACCUUUGGUUGGGGGAGCAUAGGCGAAUCUAUAGGUGGUCUAUUAGGAAGUGGCGAGCUAAGUAGCAUUAAAGAUAUGCGGGGUAUGGUAAAUUCUCGUUCCAUACCUUUACUUUCGACUCCUCAAUCAAUUUUGUUUGUGGAUUUAAAGUUGGUUCCUGGGGAAAGUCGAAGCUACAAAUACUCUUUCAAAUUACCGAGAGGUUUACCUCCUAGCCAUCGAGGGAAGGCUAUAAAGAUAUCUUACAGACUAGUCAUCGGCACUCAAAGACCAGGAGGUGCCAAAGAGCAACAAGUCAAAUCCGUUGAAAUUCCAUUUAGACUCCUAGGGAGUGUGAAUUCUCAUGGAGAACUUCUUGGGCAUGAUCUCAUGUUACCUUAUAUACUACUUCGAGAUCAAGCUCGAAUUCAAACCAUCAAUAUACCAUCCGAACAGGGCUUGAAUAUAUCACCAAAAACGCUUUCGGUUAAUACUCAUAAAUCGCAAAAACCAAACGAUUCAAAUCUAGCCGAUUUCCUUGCAUAUGUUGAUGAAUUAAUUGCGAAGCCACGAAGAAAUUCUAGCUUUGGUUUAUUAUCACCCACAGAAACUAUAGGGUCCAGGCAUCAGUCUAUCAUUGAAGAGCCUGCAACUGCAAAAGAAGCUAUUGAUAUGGCGAUCCUUCGCAGUAACAUCGCCACAGAAUCAAGACAAAGUGCGAAUCGAUUUGAAAUCGCUCGUGGUGGAAAGCGAGUUGCGGUAGUCAUGUUAGCAAGACCAGCGUAUCGCCUAGGUGAAACCAUCACUGUAGCUAUCGAGUUUACUGAUGCUGGAAUUCCCUGUUAUGCAAUUCAUUGUGCCUUAGAAACAUCCGAGAAGGUUGAUCAAUCUAUCGCACUACGUUCCGAAGCAAGCAUAUUUCGUGUCACUCGCCGUGUUCACGUUUCGCAUUCGGAAUCUACUCUCUUUGCUCGCCGCAUAGUUUUUUCUCCUACAAUUCCUGUCACGGCAACUCCUGAGUUCAUCACUAGUGGCGUGUCACUCGAUUGGCGUAUUCGCAUUGAAUUUGUUACACCUAGACUGGCAACUAUUAAUAAUGAGGUUAUUGAUUUAUCCCCGGCAUUGUUGGAAGAAUAUACGAAUGAUGAACGUGGGGUGGUUUAUGCAGCAGUUCAAGGACUAGAAUGUGAAAGCUUCGAGGUUGCUGUUCCAAUUAGAGUAUAUGGUGCUUUGGCCGGCAAUACAGAAAAAGAAGAAAGCGAAGGGAUGGGCCUGGUUGUGUAAUCGAUACGAGAUUAUGAAUAGUACAAAUAACAAAAGAUAUGGGUCGGUUACUUGGAUAAGAUUAUAUUCAGUGUCUAGUAUUCUCUAGAUGUUUUCAUGACCAUGCUCGGGGCUUUACGAUGAUCAAUGAUCAAUGCUUCCAUGGACUAUACCACAAGAAAGAAUGAAAGGAAUGGAAAAGGCAUGCAUGCAUGCAUGCAUAAUGAUGGAGGUGUAUUGAAACAAUUGUCUUUACAUAUACUAGAUGAGAUUAGAUAUCUAUGAAAAGAUGU